GUAUUAUAUCGAUCUAGAUCCUGAGUCUGAGAUGAAGGUGGUUGCGUUGUUGCUGUGUGUGGCUGGGUGCGCGUAUGGAGGCUCGGUGGCCUGGCCAGGUGGUCUUCUAGCGAGGCAACUGGUAAGGACUAUCCUACCGCCUCAGACCAAGACCGUCGCAUACUCUACUACACAAUACAUCAAUUCGUUGCCGGUUUCGUAUUCAGUUGGUUAUCAUCCCAAUUUUGCAUUCGGAGUACCGCAUCUAAGCAGUUUUGCACCUGUACAGCAAACUUACUACCCCGUGGCGGGAGGGUCUUAUAUCCCUGCGAGCAGUGUAUUCUAUCCUUCGCUGACUCCACUAGCUCCUGAAGUAGCAAUCGAGAGUCUGCCAAGUUACCCAGCAGGAAUUCCAGCCGGAGUACCAACUGGAAACCCAGGUGGACAGCCUAGUGGACCAGUAUCAAGUGCUCCGGAAAAUCCUGCAAGUGACGCGGAUACCGCCGUAGUAGAUUCCGCUGAAUACCCCCAACAACAACAACAGCAAGAUUCUCAACCUGCCACCGAGGCUCCAGCAUCGCAGCCUUCUACACCCCAAUCUUUACCGCCUAGUAAUUUUCCAAAUUUCCCUCAAAUUCCUCAAGGUUCUCCAACAUUCCCACAAAUCCCUCAAAUCCCCCAAGGUUCCCUGCCAAGUUUUCCUCAAUUUCCCCAAUUUCCUUCCAACCCCUUAUUUCCACAGUCUCCAAGUCCAUCUCCAUCUCCACCAUCGAGUUUUCCAGGUGCCCCAAGUAGUGACCAAGGGUUAAACGAUGAAGAUACAAUAUCUGUCGAGUCAGCAUAAGUUAAAACUAAGAGCGUAUAUUAAUUAUAUUUUCAAUUAAAUUAG